AAUUAGUUGCCAGGAAUUUCCUGUAAAAUUACAAUAAAUUUUUAACAGUGUAAAUUAAUCCCAAAAGCCAAAGCUCAGAGUUAUAAUUUAUUAUUUUCUUCUUAUUUAUGUUUACGUUAAUAUUCACUUACUUAAUAAUAUUCACUUGUUAUCUUAAUAUUCAGCACUUCUCAAAGUCCGGACUCCGGUCCGGAUCCGGACCCGGAGAGAAUUCAAUCCGGACCCGCCUCCAUUUCAUAUUUCAACAGCAGUAAUUGUGUGUAAGGGAUUAAAAGUCUGGAUUUCCUACUUUAUUAAACGCAUGUCAAAAUCUUUUGUUUAGUGUUUUAUGUAUUUUUGGAGAUUUUCCGCAAUUAAAGCGAAGGCGAUAUAUUGAAAGUUUUCCGUGAUUCAGUUGCCAUGGCAUCCAGUGAGUGUAAACGUUUGACGUAAUUGGGCGCGAGUUGCGCGACGCGACACUUCACCUCAGUAAUAUACGCGUUUGAAUGGGUGUGGAGGAUGUCAUUGUCCAGGAAAAGAAAAGUUGACCAAGAAAAUAGAGUUUUCAAAGAUGAUUGGACAGAGAGGUAUGCGUUCAUUUUGCCCCAAUCCAGCACGAAGCCAUUCUGUUUGAUUUGUAACGAAACAGUUGGAGUUGUGAAGAGUGGAAACGUCAAACGGCAUUAUGAAACAAAACACGGUCAUUUUGAACGACAAUAUCCACAAAAUACAGAGGUACGGACAGCAAAACUACGACAGCUUAAUACUUCAUAUGAAUCAACAAAUAAGUUGCUUGUGAGAGCUGUGACACAGCAAGACAGAGCUACAGAAGCAUCUUUCCGUGUGGCCUGGGUACUAGGCAAAAACAAGAAGCCAUUCACUGAUGCAGAGAUAGUUAAGGAGUGUUUAGUGGAGAUAGCAGAUGCUUUGUUUGAGGGAAAAGAGAGACAGGAGAUGUCAGAAAAAUUUAAGAAAAUUCCACUGUCCCAUGACACAUUAACCAGGAGGACAGAGGUACUUGCCCAUGACUUAGUAAACCAGUUAACUGAUGAUAUCAAAGAUGCACCCUGCCUUUCACUUGCGGUGGAUGAGUCAACAGAUAGCACAGACCAAGCCCAGCUAUGUGUGUUUGUCAGAUAUUUCAGCAAGGCAAAGGGGACAUUAUGUGAAGACAUACUGGGCCUUACUCCACUCUGUCACACUAGAGGAGAGGACAUAUAUGAAGCUAUCAUUCAGAUGCUUAAUGAACGGGGAAUUGAUGUCAAGCAUAUUGUGUCCAUCACUACUGAUGGUGCUCCAGCCAUGAUAGGGAAGGAGAAAGGUGCUGUUCAGCGUCUUAAAGAGCAGCACUCCGACCUGCUGACAUACCACUGUAUAAUACACCAGUCCAUGCUGUGUGCUAGCCUUGGAAAAGAAUAUUCAGACGUCAUGGAAACUAUUAUGAAGCUUGUGAACUACCUGAGAGCCUCCUCUGCCCUUCAGCACCGUCUUCUGCGGGCAUUCCUGACUGAGGUAAAUGCUGCUUAUGACGACUUACUCCUCCAUAACAAUGUUAGGUGGCUGAGUAAGGGAAAAGUCUUGGAAAGGUUUUGGGCCAUCAGGACAGAUUUGGAGAUGUUUUUGUCCCAGCAGAAGAAUGUCAAAGCCAGACAUUACUUGGAUUUUCUGAGGGAUAAUGACACCAUGGAGGUUGUGGCCUUUUUAGUGGACAUAACAUCUCAUCUAAAUGAACUAAAUCUGAAGCUCCAGGGCCAAGGCAAUACAGUGUGUGAUCUGAUGGCAGCAGUGCGCUCCUUUGAAAGGCGGCUGGAGAUCUUUAAAAGUGACAUCACAGGGCCACAUAUCCACUUUCCAACUCUUCUCCAGCAGACUAAUGGAAAUCACCAUCAUCACCAUCUUUCCUUUUUGGAGAAGCUAGCUGAAAAUUUCAGGAUGCGCUUUGAGGGCUUCAAUGUAGGCAGACAAGUGCUGCUUUGCAUUACAUCUCCAUUCCUAGUCAAGAAUGUUGAGGAGUUUUCAAAAGAAAUCAAGAGCAUCUUCCCGUGGGCAAGCAUGGCAUCUCUGCAGACUGAACUAAUUGACUUGCAGGAAAACGUGGUUUUGCAGGAAGUGGACUGUGACACUGUUACCUUUUGGACUAAAAUGGUCACAGCUGAAAAUUUCCCCAAUCUACAGAAAGUAGCCAUCUGUGUUCUUACCAUGUUUGGGUCAACCUAUCGGUGUGAGUCUGCAUUCUCAGCAAUGAAUGCUAUAAAGAACUCACACCGCAGCAGCUUGACUAAUGAACAUUUAGGCCAGUGUCUCCGUCUAGCAACCACACCUUUUGUGCCACGGUUUCGUCAGUUGAUGGGAGAAAGACAGUGCCAUUUCUCACAUUAAACUGCUCUGUAUUUUGCACCAUGUUACUUUUGUGGUGUUUUGUUAAGAAAAAUUCAGACCCUUAAAUUAAUUGUUUUGCCACUUUUGCACGUUAUUCAUGUAGCUAUUUUGAAUGCAGCCACCUUAUUUUUUCAUAAAAUGAAUGUUAAUUUGUAAUACAUGUUGAUUAAAAACCAGUUUUGUAAUGAACAAUAGUUCCGGACCUUUCUCAUUGUUGAAAAUUCUGAUUUGGACCUUUGAAUGUAGACUUUGAGAACCCCUGUUCUAUAGGAAAUACUCUAUUCAAUAAAUAUUGUUUGUUUGAACCUCAUUCUGUUCUAUAUUGUCGACUGUUUUGUUUAAAGGAGGGAGGAUUGUAUUGGGAUCACUGAAGUGUCAGGUGUGACUGUGUGGCAAUGGCAAAUGGUUUACAUAGCUCACGGCGUCACGGGUCAGUUAGAGGGCCCCUUAGCAGAAUUUUGCUUAAGGCCCCAGGGAGGUCAGGAUCGGCACUGCCAUAAUGUAUGGGUUUGUGUGUAAAUGUGAUUAAGGAGAGGUCACAAUAAGUUUGAGAUCAUGCUUAAAUGGAGCUCAAGUAAUUAAGAAAUACAUUUGUUAUGCAUCUACAUCCAUCUGCAUGGACUUUGUACAUGUUUUAAACUUGCUUACUCCUAUUACCAAUGGCAUUGGAAAGCCGGUACACACACACACACACACACUUCUUCACCCAUUUCUGUGCUCUGUAUCCCUCUGUGUUGUGUUUAACUUGUUUGGUAGAUAAAUUCCUUUAAGUCUCCUUUGUGAAUGCUUUAAAUAUAUAAACAGUCCUCACUUUAGAUGAGUUCACAAAAAUAGAUAGUUGGAAACUAUUAAAUGUUUUAUAAAAACCUGACUUCAACAUGA